GUUUCAGCCGUUUUGAUUUCUGAAAACAGCAGCAGUUUUUGGAUUUGACAUGACUCCUGUUAUUCUACUGAUUUUAUUCUCUGGGGCUUCUGCAGCAACGCCCUCCCAUACCUUCCACUUCAUCUACGGGUGCUAUGACUCCGGCGAUGUGCGGGUGGACAUCCUUAUGGACGAGGACAUGGGGGGGUACGCUGAUUUCACCAAGGGAGAGGUGGUGAUUGCGAUACCUCACAUACCCCAGUCUUUAGCAGAGUUACGGAAAACGGCGUAUGAGUAUGCCAAAGCUAGCAUCGUUCACUGCCAAAAUGUUUUAGAUACAGCAAAAAGUGCGGAUCCUGGUGCUCCUCUACGACAAGAUGCUCCAGAUAUCUCCAUCUACACCCGGGACGAGGAGGAGGACGGUGUGAUGAACACUCUCUUCUGUCUGGCCAAUCACUUCUACCCCCCCUCCAUCAACUUUACGUGGACGAAGAACGGGGUGGAGGUCACAGACGGGGUGUUGGACCUGCGUUACCGCCAAAACAGUGACGGGACGUUCCACAGAAUUUCAACUCUGAGUUUCACUCCUCAGAAGGGAGACGUUUACGCCUGUUCAGUGGAGCAUCAAGCCUCACAUCAGCCUCUCAGCAAAAACUGGGAACUGAAGGAGAGGCAGAGCAGAGUGAGUCAUGCAGCUGGAUUCUUGGGUGGGAGCCUCGUUUUGUGCCUGAUGGGUAUCGGAGCCGGAGCUUUCUUCUUCACCAAGCAACCAAAUUAAUGCCUUCAUAUUGAGCAACUCAGCCAGCAUUAAACGAAGG